GUUGCCCAGCCACAAAGCACUCAAAUGUCCCUGCACACACGACUCGGUCAUUGACUCCCCUCUCCUCGCAUACAUGUGCAGUUCAUCGACUUGGUACCAAAAAAUUCUCGACCAAAGUUCUCCGCGAUGUUCCCAUGGCUUGGGCCGCCUUGCCUCUACCUAUCCUUCCUCAUCAUCUCCACGAUGCCGGCGCUGUUGCUUGAGGCAGCCUGCGAACCCGAGCGAUGUGGCAACCUGAGCAUCUCAGCCCCGUUCGGGGUCGUCUCGGGUUCUGAGGAGAACAGGUGCGCGCAGUUCGGGUUCCAGGUCCACUGCACCGACGGCGUCCCCUACCUCGGGUACUACAAGCCGGAGUACAGGCUUCAGAUCCUCGACAUCUUCUACAACAACGGUUCCUUGCUAGUCUCCGACGUCCACAAGAUCAGAGGCUUCAAUCUCUCCGACAAGAAAGGAUGCCAUGUCCCGACGGCCAGCACCGCCACCAAAGUCGGGCCUCCGUUCUCGAUAAGUCCUCUGAAUCAGAACCUCGUCUUCUACAACUGCACCAAGGUGCCGGCAGGCCAAGCAGGGCUGGUGGACACGGUGUGCCGCAACAACACUUUUGUCCGGGCGGGAGGACUGUACAAUGAGACGGGCAGGAUCGGCAGCGGGUAUGCUUUGCUGGGCUGCAACGCCUCAGUCGUGCCGGUGCUGGGAGCAACCGGCGAGGUGAACGCCAGAGACUAUGAGCAGCUCAUCAGCGGUGGCUUCCUUCUGACAUGGCAGUCGCCGAGUGGCGGUAGUGAUGCUGGAGUCCAGGAGCCAGACGCCACCGUCGACGACGACACCUACGACACUGGAGGUGCCUACUACUACGUGCAGGCCGCUGACGACGACCAGGAGUAGUUAGGAGGUCCCAGGCAGGAGGCCUUGCCUUUUCGAUCGUUGCUACUUUUGUGCUAGCCUUCUUAAGGCAAACUUGUUUAACUUAUGUCUGUACUCAGAUAUUGUUGCUUCCGCUGACUCGUCUAUGAUCGAGCACUUGUAUUCGAGCCCUCGAGGCCCCUGGC